AUGCGGGAAGGGCUGGCGCUGCCCGGGGGCCCCGGCGCCGCCCCGGUGCCCGGCUUCCUGGCCAAGCUCUGGGCGCUGGUGGAGGACCCGCAGAGCGACGACGUCAUCUGCUGGAGCAGGAAUGGUGAGAACUUCUGCAUUCUGGAUGAGCAGAGGUUUGCCAAGGAGCUGCUCCCCAAGUACUUCAAACACAACAAUAUCUCCAGCUUCAUACGACAGCUUAACAUGUAUGGUUUCAGGAAGGUGAUUGCUCUUGAGAAUGGCAUGAUAACAGCAGAGAAAAGCUCAGUCAUUGAGUUCCAGCACCCUUUCUUCAAGCAAGGGAAGGCACAUUUACUGGAAAACAUCAAGCGCAAGGUAUCUGCAGUAAGGACUGAGGAUCUCAAGGUCUGUACGGAGGAUUUGCACAAAGUACUCUCUGAAGUCCAAGAAAUGAGAGAGCAGCAGAACAACAUGGAUGUCAGGCUGGCUAACAUGAAGAGAGAAAAUAAGGCCCUGUGGAAAGAAGUGGCAGUUCUAAGGCAGAAGCACAGUCAACAACAGAAGCUGCUGUCUAAGAUUCUUCAAUUUAUACUGAGUUUGAUGCGAGGAAAUUAUAUUGUUGGGGUCAAAAGAAAAAGGUCUCUGACAGAUGCUGCAGGUGCUUCACCUUCCAAGUACAGUCGGCAGUAUGUUCGGAUUCCUGUGGAGAGCGGCCAAGCAAUGGCUUUUUCUGAACAUAAUGCAGAUGAUGAGGAUGGAAAUGGUUCAGGUCUCAUCAUCCGAGAUAUCACAGACACACUGGAAAAUGCCACUGAUGGACUCCUUGCUGUGGCACACACGAGUGGCAAAGCCAGAGAGUCGCAGGCAGCUCUGGAUCCUGGCUUACCUCUUUGUCAAGUGUCACAGCUGAACGAGUUAAAUUGUGCAGACCCCAUCCCACCAGUUCAUAUAAGUGAUGUCAACAAACCCAGUGAACCAGGAAGUGCUGCUGUGGAGCUCCAUACUGCACAGCCUAAUGCUCCAGAAGACCCUGUGUCAGUGAUUGACUCCAUCUUGAAUGAGAACAACUCUGGGAACCAAAGCGAUCCUUUGCUGGACAGAGAAGAAAUUCAGGAUUUUCUCAACUGCAUUGAUGCCAGCCUCGAAGAGCUGCAAGCGAUGCUCUCUGGGAAGCAGUACAGCUUUGGUUCUGAAGCUUUCAGUGAUACGUUUAAUUCUGAGCUGCCAGCCCUGGACAUGAACUUGAUGGAAACCUCUCCUGGUAUGGAAAAUAUUUCAGACUUGGCAGAGGGCACUGAAGAUCUGGGAGCAGCCGGUGAGAGAGAAACAGCAGGAAGCAAAGAUAUGCAGCUGAUACAGUACAGGGCCAAUCCCCUGCUUUCAUUAUUUGAAGAGCUACCUUCCAGUGAAGCUACAGGGAAGACAGAGGAUCCAAAAGACUUUCUGCUGCCCACCCUGGAGGAAAAACCUGCUCUUCCUGCUCCCUCAGGGAGUGGAACUGACUUACCACUAGCAGCUCCAGCCAGCCAGGCUGAGCCUCUGGAUGCUCUGGGAAUGGGUGAUCCACCUCUGCUCUCAGAAGAUGGGAAUGGAGAGUAUAAACUGUUCCCACUCUUGCUACUCAGUCCUGUUGCUAAUUUCAUAGAAGAGGCCUCUGAGAUAGAAACUUCUUGAACUUCACAUAAGAUCUGCAGCUGGCUUAGUUGAUGUGACAACGAAGAAAUAGAUCAGCCAGAAGUUUGAUCUUUCCUCACCUGCUUCCUGGGUGUUCUAUUCUGUACAGACAAAAGCAAGUUCUCUGUCUACAAGCAAAGAGCACAUCUGUAAAAACAAACAAAAAAACUGCAAAUGAGCUCAAAGCAAGAGCUGGUGGGAGUGAAGGCAGUGGGCAGAGGAGAACAACCACCUCCCUGUAGACAUACCACAUCAUAUUCCUUAACUUUUUAUCCAAUAUCCUUAUUGCCAGAGGAAAUCUGUUUGUAUCCUGUUUGUAAACUUUGGCUGGUGUUUUGGUUUUGUUUGUGUUUGGGUUUUGGGUUGUUUUUUGUUUUGUUUUUUAGUAGCUGGAUAGCUCUGUGGUGUGUCAUAUUUUAAACAUGAGUUGUGUUCUUUCUGAGAGGCUGUUCCAGUAGGUGGCUUGUCUGGAGUUGGUUGGUUUUAUUUUUUUAAGUGGUUUGUUUUGGUGUUUUUUUUAUUUGAGGUAUUUUGAUAGUUUGUGGCUGCAAUUGUUUGCAUCUGCUUAGAUCACUUCCGUAUUCCUAGAUUUGCUGCUAGGUACAGGGAACAUUUUUCCUAUGGAAAAGGACAUUUUAACUGUGGAAUAUUACUUUGUAACAUGCUAAGCCACCUCCAUUGCCACGGGCUGUAGGUGUUGUGGUCGGAAGCGCUCACCACCCUGCGUAACGCUGGUUUCUCAUGCACAUUGCAUGGCGGUUCUAGGGUAACUUGCACCUAGCUCACAGGUCCUGUGUCCUCAGAU